AUGAGUUCGGACUGCGAAAGUUACUACACCGAAGAAAACGUGCUCGUGGAGAACUUCACGUGUCCGAAAGCGGACGGUGACACCACGGCACUUUACUGCUGCGGGUUCAGUGACUUGAAGUACUGCUGCGCUGACCCCAACAGCUUUUUCCCUUACGAAUAUGGAUACAUGUGGUGGUUGAGUCUCGGAGCCCUCAUGGGUCUCUCAAUAGCAGCUGUGGUUCUUCUCGCCUUCAUCAUCACUCUGUGUGUCCUCUGCUAUCUGUUCAUCACCACCAAACCCAGAGGUCUGGACAGUGGACUGCCGCUGCGAGCACCAGGUUCUACAUCUAGCCCACAAGCACCAGGGCCCAGUAACAGCAGUGUCCCACCUGGUCCCCAAGGCCUCAGGAAACAUUUCCUGAGAGGCAGGCUGGACUGUGACAACCAACCCCCGGACCCUGACCGCCUUUUCCAACGUUGUUUCAUGGCUACGGUUACGUCUGUCAAAGUGGAGGGUCCUGCUUAGCCAGAGUUAUUUCUUGGUGUUUCUUGGCCACCUACCUGUCACCACUGCACUAUAGUUUUCUGCAUUAUAACAAUCCAGGCUAAGCUGAAGUUUGAUCUCCACAUAAUUACAUUUUGUCAUGUUUGAUUCAACAGAACACAAACAUUUCUGUUUGAGCCC